AUGUCCUCUCGCAAAUCCCUUUCAUCAGCCAACACUUCUGUUUUAAAUUCUUCUAAAUUGAAUAUCGGCUCAUCAUCCAGCAAAAACAGCAACAGACCAAAGGUCUUCUUUGAAAUAACCAUCGGAGGAAAACCUGCUGGUCGUAUUGUGAUGGAGUUAUUCAAUGAUAUCGUACCAAAGACUUGUGAAAAUUUCCGUUGCCUUUGUACAGGAGAGCUAGGAAUGUCAAAGAAUUUUCCAAAUAAGAAAUUCCACUUUAAGGGAGUCUCAUUCCAUCGAAUUAUUCCUAAUUUUAUGAUUCAAGGAGGUGAUAUCAUCAAUGGAAACGGAACAGGAAGCGAUUCCAUGUAUGGAAGACAAUUUGCUGACGAAAAUUUUAAAGUUAAACAUAAUAAGACUGGUUUAUUGUCUAUGGCAAAUUCUGGAAAAAAUACAAAUGGAAGUCAAUUCUUUAUUACUACAGCAAAAACAAACUGGUUAGACGGCAAGCAUGUCGUCUUUGGACAAGUGAUUGAAGGCAUGUCUGUAGUGAGAGCUAUUGAGCGUCAAGGUACCACUGAAGGCACUCCUAGAAGUCGAGUAAUUAUUGCAGACUGUGGAGAGAUUGUGAAGGAAGAUACAGAGGAGGCUGCUGCUGAAGUCUCUCUAUUGGAAACUUCAACUCUUCAAAAAGCUGCAUCAAGAAAAUCAUUGGCUUCUUCAUCGACCAACUCCACUGAAACAUCUCCAAAGAAGAAUGUCGACACCACUCGUGCUCUCAUGUUUUCUGGUCUCUCUGAAAAGGUCACUGAGAAAGAAGUGACGGAAUUGUUGAACGGAUACAAGCUUGCAGAAUCGUCACCAGUUUGGAUUUUAGGAAGAGGUUCAGGAUUAGCUUUGGUUGAAUUUUUGUCUUCGGAAGAAGCACAAAAAGUUGAACAAGAUAUUCUCAAUGCUACCCUAAAAUUGCCUUGUGAAGUACAUCAUAUUGAGAAUGCUAAAAAGAAGCAAGGCAUGAAACGAGUAAAACAAGAAGCUGCUAACAGUGACGACGAUGAAGAAAGCAAUGAAUAUGAGUCCAAACAAAAGAAGGUGAAAAAAGAACCAGAAGAAGAGGAUAAGGAUUUACAAAAAGCCAAGAAAAUUGUUAGCUUGUGGAAACAAAGUAAAAAGCAGUAA